GCGACAGAGACCAGCUCACAGCAGGAGCGGCUCCAGGCUAUUGCGGAGAAGAGGAGGAAGCAGGCGGAGAUCGAGAACAAGCGCCGGCAGCUGGAGGAUGGCCGGAGGCAGCUCCAGCACCUGAAGUCCAAGGCCCUGCGGGAGCGCUGGCUGCUGGAGGGGACACCGUCCUCGGCCUCGGAGGGGGAUGAGGACAUGCGGAAGCAGAUGCAGGAGGACGAGCAGAAGGCAAGGCUCCUGGAAGAAUCCGUCUCCAGGCUGGAGAAGGAGAUUGAGGUGCUGGAGAAUGGAGAUGCUAUCCCAGUCACCAAGGAGAACGCAGCGGCCCCAAGCCCAGCCCAAGCCCCGGCCCCAAGCCCAGCCCGAGCCCCGGCCCCGAGCCCAGCCAAGGAGGAGCACAAGGAGGAGGUAGUAGUCAAUUCCCAGCGGACCCCUGUGGGCACGCCCAAAGGUAAGGCUAUCUGCAACACCCCGUUGAGGACGGUCGACGGCUCCACCAUGAUGAAGGCAGUGGUCCACGCCGUGGAUGGCACAGCGGAGAAUGGUAUCCACCCACUGAGCUCCUCCGAGGUGGACGAACUCAUCCACAAGGCAGACGAGAUCACACUGAGCGAGGCAGGGUCCACAGCCGGGGCAUCAGAGACCCGGGGGGCAGUGGAGGAGGCCAUCCGGACCACGCCCUCCCGUCGGGAGAUCACUGGGGUGCAGGCUCAGCCGGGUGAGGCCACGUCGGGCCCACCAGGGGUCCGACCUGGCCAGGAGCCCCCAGUCACCAUGAUCUUCAUGGGCUACCAGAAUGUGGAGGAUGAGGCUGAGACCAAGAAGGUGCUGGGGCUUCAGGACACCAUCACAGCAGAGCUGGUGGUCAUCGAGGACGCCGCCGAGCCCAAGGAGCCCGCACCGCCCAACGGCAGUGCUGCCGAGCCCCCCGCCACUACAGGCUCCAGGGAGGAGAACCGGGCAGGGCCCGAGGCCACCGUCAGCGACCCCCAGGACCUAGACAUGAAGAAGCAGCGCUGUAAAUGCUGCUCAAUCAUGUGA